UGUCGUUGUUCCACUUUUCCACAACUUUCAUUGCGAAAAAAAAAAAAAACAAACAAACAAACUUUCUUACCAAAUCGGAGGGAAAUUAAAGCGUUUCGAGUGUUUUCUAAGCAAAAAAUAGCAGAAAAUCAAAUUUAAAAAAGAAGAGAAAAAGAAAAGAAAAAUGAGCGACGACGCCAAGAAAAGCGUCCCCGGAGCUCUGUCGGCGCAGCUCAAAUCCGACGACCGGAAACCCUUGCCAGCGUCCGCCGCCGCCCCGGCCGGCAAGCGCGUUGUCAUCAAGAGUGCCGAUAUGUUCGGCGACAUGCAGAAGGAGGCCGUCGACAUCGCCAUCGCCGCGUUUGAGAAGCAUAGCGUGGAGAAGGAUGUUGCAGAGAGUAUAAAGAAGGAGUUCGACAAGAAGCACGGCCCCACCUGGCAUUGCAUCGUCGGACGAAAUUUCGGUUCGUAUGUGACUCACGAGACAAACCACUUUGUUUAUUUCUACUUGGAUCAGAAAGCAGUUUUGCUGUUCAAAUCUGGAUGAUGAUGAUGACGACGGCGACGACAAUGAUGUUGUGUUGUGCUGUGCUGUUGACAAGAGAUGAUAAUGAGUGGUGAUGAGGCUGUGAUUAUGAUUAUGAUGAUAAUGAUAAUGAUUAGCAUUUGUAUGUAUUAAUUGAAAUUCACUUGGUGGCCAGACCUGUUUCUGGAUGUUCUUAUUCUCAACUUGUAUAUCUAAUAUCACUUACUUUGGAUUUAAA